GGUCUCCUUUGCAGAGGACUCGGUAGCUGCAGCUCUGAGAGCACAGCGGGCAGAGCUGCGGGCUGUGCGCGCCCCUGCUGCCACCGAGCGUCCCGCGGUGGCUCCGGCGCCCCGCGGCGACUUCCGCGCCCGCGCUUCCCUUUGUUCAAGUCCCCGAGCGGCGGCGGGGUCGGAGCCCGCGCCCUGGGCGCCUGAGGCGGCCGCAGUCCGCGCCCGGACGCCCUGGCGAUGCCGGACCAGAUCUCCGUGUCGGAAUUCGUGGCCGAGACCCUUGAGGACAACAAGGCGCCCACGGCCUCUAGCUUCACCACGAGCACGGCCCAGUGCCGGGCAACCGUGGCGGCAAUCGAGGAGGUGAGCGGUAGCGUAGCCCGCGCCGGGCAGGAGACUAGCGUCGCGGGGAUCGCGCUUCGCCCUGGGCACCCGGAUGCAGUGACUUAUGAUGAUGUGCAUGUGAACUUCACUGGGGAAGAGUGGAAUUUGCUGGAUCCUUCCCAGAAGAGUCUCUACAAAGAUGUGAUGCUGGAAACCUACUGGAACCUCGCUGUUAUAGGCUACACUUGGGAAAACCAUCAUAUUGAAAGACAUUGUCAAAGUUCAAGAAGAAAUGAAAGGUAUGUAAGUAAUCAUAGUGGAGAGAAACUCUAUGAAUGUAAUGAACGUUCUAAAGCCUUUUCAUGUCCCAGUCAUCUCCAAAGUAAUAUAAGAAGACAAAUUGGAGAGAAAAUACAUGAACAUAAUCAAUGUUGUAAAGCCUUUCCAACACCCAGUCAUCUUCAAUAUCAUAAAAGAAUCCAUACUGGAGAGAAACCUUAUGAAUGCCAUCAAUGUGGUCAAGACUUUAAAAAAUGCAGUCAUCUCCAAUGUCAUAAAAGAACACAUACUGGAGAGAAAUCUUAUGAAUGUAAUCAAUGUGGUAAACCCUUUGCACAACUGGGAAGUUUAAAUCGUCAUAAAAGAACACAUACUGGAGAGAAACCCUAUGAAUGUCAUCAAUGUGGUAAAGCCUUUGCACGACUCAGUAGUCUCCACUGUCAUAAAAGAACACAUACUGGAGAGAAACCCUAUGAAUGUAAUCAAUGUGGUAAAGCCUUUUCACAACCCAGUCAUCUCCAAUCUCAUAAAAGAACACAUACUGGAGAGAAACCCUAUGAAUGUAAUCAAUGUGGUAAAGCCUUUGCAGAACUCAGUAAUCUCCAACGUCAUAAAAGAACACAUACUGGAGAGAAACCCUAUGAAUGUAAUCAAUGUGGUAAAGCCUUUGCAGGUCACAAUGUUCUCCAAUCUCAUCAAAGAACACAUACUGGAGAGAAACCCUAUGAAUGUAAUCAAUGUGGUAAAGCCUUUGCAGGUCACAUUUGUCUCCAAUAUCAUAAAAGAACUCAUAAUGGAGAGAAACCUCGAAACGUAAUCAAUGUGAUAAAAGACUUUUCACAAAGUUGUUGUCUCUAUAAUCAUAAAAGAACCCAUAUUAGAUAGAAACCUCAUGAAUGUCGUCAGUGUGCUAAAACCUGUGCAUAUCCCACUCGUCUUCAAAACGUAAAAGAUUCCACACUGGAAAGAAACCUCAUGAAUGUAAUCAAUGUGGUAAAGACUUUUUACAACUCUAUAGUCUCCAUUAUUUUUAAAGAACACAUAGAAGACAGAAACCUUAGGAAGGUAAUCGGUGUUGUAAAGCAUUUGAUGUCACGGUCAUCUACGAUGACAUAAAAGAUUACAUACAAGUGAGAAUCCACGUGAAUGUUAUGAACAUAGUAAAACCUUUGCAUGUCAGAGUUCUUUAGGCAUACACAAGACAAACCACACUCCAGAGAAACCCCAAAUUAAAUGUUUGCUUUUCUGAGAGUUGGUUUGGUCAUGAGAUCUGUUCCUAGCCAUUGAAAGGCUGAGGGAGAAACCCUCUGAGUAUAUUUAAUAUGGCAAAGCCUUUGCACAAUUUUGUAGUCAUCUUCAUCAUGGAAGAAUUUGAACUGGGUAGAAACAUUGUGAAUCUAUUUAGUAUAGUGAAGCUUUUUCACUGAACUUCUUUUUAUUUAUAUUCUUCUUUUUAUGAGACUAUUCAUACUGGAGACAGAUGCUAUGAAUGUCAGCAGUGUGGUAAAGCUUUUAAGUUGUUGGGUCCACUGAGGUUCAACACAACUCACACACCAGGACAAUGCAAAGGAUAAGAAUUUAUUGGGCUGGGUGGUGGUGGUGCACUCCUUUAAUCCUAGCUCUCGGGAGGCAGAUGCAGGCAGAUUUCUGAGUUAGAGGUCUAACAAGUCUAGAGUGUGUUCCAGGACAGCCAGGGAUGCACAGUGAAACCCUGUCUAGGAAAAAAAAAAGAAUUUAUUGGAAUUAAGUCACUACUUAUCAGUGAGAGACACAAAAGCAUACUCAGAAGUUUUUCUUCAAAACCCCACUGCCCACAUCCAACCUGAGACAGAAAGUUGUAUAGCUUUCAAACACAAAAACCUCAAAGCCCUGGGCCAACUUACAGCUACAUUUUUUCCCAAAUCAAAACCUAUUUUUAUUGAAUGAGUCAAUAAAUGGUGAUUGCUAA